UCUGUUUUGGUGGCUUCUGGAAACAGUCCCUUUAGUAGUACGACCAAAGCCGUCUUAGGUACAAAAAAUGAGCUUACUUUCGGGACAAUUCCUGCGCCAGAUAAGUUGGCCCAUAUUUCAACUAUUUUAGCACAUAGGUCCUUAACAUUCCCCGUAAACAUGGCUCAUCCCUUGAAGUUUAUCGCUUCAAGGUUGGCUUACGCCUCUGCUGCUCGUGACUACAGAAUUGAGUUACAUACUUCAAGCUUUGUAGCUGAUGGAAAUUGA